AUGGAAGCUACAGCUUCCCAACGUGAUACAUUUUAUAGAGCUGCAAAACAAGAAGGAUGGCGUGCUAGAAGUGCAUUUAAGCUUAUUCAAGUAGCCGACCACUUCAGAUUAUUCGAUAAUGUUACAAGAGUUGUCGACUUAUGUGCUGCGCCAGGCUCUUGGUCUCAAGUGUGCGCUCAAAGGCUUUCUAAAGUUCCAAAUAGUGCUAUCGUAGCUGUUGAUCUUCAGCCAAUGGCACCAAUUCCUGGUGUAAUUCAAAUUAGAGGCGAUAUCACAUCAAAAGAAACCGCACAACAAGUUAUCGACGCUAUGAACGGCAAAAAGGCCGACCUUGUCAUUAGUGAUGGAGCUCCUGAUGUAACAGGUUUACACGAUCUCGAUGAAUAUAUGCAAAGUCAACUUGUUUUCUCGGCCUUCAAUAUAGCAUGCUUCAUGCUUCGCGAAGGAGGUACAUUUAUGGCCAAAAUUUUUACUGGUCGUGAUAUUCAAGACCUUUAUUCCUCGCUUUCUCCUUUCUUCGAAACUGUUACGGCCAUGAAGCCUCGCGCUUCUCGUGUUGCUUCCCUUGAAUCGUUUGUUGUUUGCCAAGGAUUCAAAUUACCUGAAGGUUACACACCAAUUUUAACAUCAGACCCACAAACAGAUUUCGAAGCUACAUCACCAUUGUCUCCGUCUUUUGUGGCAUUUGGUGAUCUUUCUGGAUUUGACAAAGCAAAAGACAAAAUAGAAUGGUAA